GUUACAGAGAGGAAGGUUUUCUCUCUCCUCUGUGUGACACGGAAGCCUAAAGUGCGUUUUGUGAGUUUUCUACCGGUUCUGAAACUUCAUUCAGGCUGAGAUUAUUGUGAAAUUCAGCACAAAUGACUCACAAAAGAAUCUCUCGUUAUUCUUCAAGCACUUAAUACGUUGUUUAUGAUGUCUAAGAAAAUUGUCAGUGGACGUUCAAAUAUCCACAAGGUCAACAGAGAGAAACGACCUGAGUUUGAUGAAAUUGCAAUUUACUUCUCAAAGGAGGAGUGGGAGAGUUUGGAAGAAGAGCAGAAGGCGCUUUACAAGGAUGUUAUAAUGGACAACUUCAGAACCCUGCAGUCUCUAGGAACUAUCAAUUGCAAACCUCCAGUUGUCAUGAAGAUUGAACAGGGGGAAGAGCCGUAUGUGACUGGGUACCAGCAUGUUAAUGACAACGAACAUCUUAUAGAUACUAGGAAAGUCUUUUUAUAAUCACACUUUCUGCGGAACAAGAUCCUACUGAGCAUGUGCACAAGCUGACCGUGUAUACGUAUACUAGUAUACGUAUACUAGUCUGUGAUUGGCUGAUGACUGUCACUUGAUACAGGG